GUGACACUGGCUUUAAACGGGAAUACCCUCUGCACUGCUGUGGGAGUCUUGCCGCGUCACUGCGAUGCGGUCGCCGGAGCCGGGCGUCUAGCCUACCGUAUUCGCUCACAUGCCCACCGCCGAGACGCGGUCAGCAUAGCGACUCCUGACAGAGCUCUGGAAUGACUUUCAGCGGUAACCUUUCGAGCAGACAUUGCUGCUCCGGGGAUAAAAUUAGAUAGCUUAGCGAGUAAAUAUGCUCUAUAAAUAAUGUAGCUGCUGGCGGCGACCAGGCGUUUUCCCACUUUUGCACAUGCGUCGCUGCAGCCGGACUGCAGGUUAAAGGACACACAUCAGUGAGCGUCCAACCAGCUGAUCUCCUGUCAUUACGCUGUCAAUGGGCUGACAUUGUCAGAAAAACGAGAGGCGUCACUCGACGUUUCCCCUCCGCGGCGCACGGUGAAGAUGACCGCUCCGUCCCACCACAGCCACGCGGCGCAGCAUCAGCAGCAGCAGCAUCAGCAGCAGCAUCAUCAGCAGCGCUUCUUGGUGCUGUUCGACUUUGACGAGACCAUCAUCAACGAGAGCAGCGACGACGCUGUGCUGCGCGCUCUGCCGGGCCAGCGGCUCCCCGAGUGGCUGCAGAACAGCUACCGGGAGGGCCACUACAACGAGCACAUGCAGAAGGUCCUGGUUUACAUGGCGGAGCAGGGCGUGUCCGAAAGCUCCAUCCACUCGGCGGUGGAGAAGAUCCCCGCGGCACCGGGCCUGCAGCACCUCUUCGAGUACCUGCGGGGCCACCUGCAGGAGUUCGAGCUGGCGGUGGUCUCCGACGCCAACACGUACUUCAUCGAGACGUGGCUGGAGAGCGCCGGCGUGCGUCACCUUUUCGCCAAGAUAUUCACCAACCCGGCCAGCUUCGACGCCAGCGGCCGCCUCGUGCUGCUCCCCUUCCACUCCCACGCGUGCUCCCGUUGCCCCGACAACAUGUGCAAGCAGGUGAUCCUGCGGGAGUACCUCGCGGGCCGACAAAGGGAGCGCGGCGGCGCGCCCUUCCAGAGGGUGUUCUACAUCGGAGACGGGGCCAACGAUAUCUGUCCCUCUCUGGCUCUCGGGCCCCGGGACACGGCCUUCCCCAGGAGGGGCUUCCCAAUGCACAGGCUCCUGCAGGAGAUGUCCCAGGAAGCCAGGUUGAAGGCAAACGUGGUGCCUUGGGUUAGCGGAGAAGACAUCGUGGACAGCCUGAAGAAAGUAAUGGAGGAAAGAUGAGAUGUGAGUGUGUGUGUGUGUGUGUGUGUGUGUGUGUGGGGGGGGGGGCAACUUUCAGGGGCACAGUAUUAUUUAAAGGCAAGUUAAUUGGGAAGAAAAGCUGGGGUAUCCCAUCUGUGAAAAAGUAGUCUUCUUAGGUCAUUGUUUAAGCUUAGGGAGCGUGUGAGGUCUCAACGAGUUUUGGUUAGGGUUAGGAUGAAACUCUAGGAGGAAAAAGUAAGGUCAAUGUGAAAUCCCAAAAAGCAAAUGUGUGUGCGUGGGAAUAACAUAGGACAACAUAGCAUGAACCCAGUCCCGGUGAGCCACAACAUGCAUGAUUUUACCCAGCAACACGGAUGAAUAGUUUGCCAUUUUGGGCAAAAUUGUGGAGUUAAUUAUUGUCUGCACAAUAAAUAUGUGGCUGAUGUCAGCAGGUUGUUAGGUUAGCUUAGCAUAAAGAUUGAAAAUACUUGAUGUUUGUCCUUGUUACUAAGAUACCCAGCAGUAUAUUUUCUGUGGACACUAGAGAGUGUUAUAGGUCUUCUCAUUUAACUCGCUACUUCAAGGAAAACAUUAAAACGACACUGUUGAUGCUUUAGCCUAAUACCUAUUCUCACGCUUUGUAAUAGACCUAGGUUUUCAGUAUUAUAACUCGGUUUCUCAUUUUUAAUGCAAAUAAAUCAGCUCACCGGUCCAGAUAGUCAUGAUCAAUAAUGGAGAUAAAGCAAAUGACGUUCUGGUUUUUGAGUCAGAUCAAAAUGCUGGAGAUCCGAGAAGAUCUUAACCAAAGUUGUGUCUCGUGUGCUCGGAGGAGGCCCGAUCACAUGCAAUCAGCUCAUGGAACACAGCGUCUCAUUCAACGUCUAUAGAACUUAGAUUACAUCAGACUCUCUCACUGUAUCGGACAUUAUUGAGUCACAGGUGCUGCAUGGUCACUUUAUCUACUCCACGUGUGAGGGGGCUCUCUUGUGUUGACAGGCUUAUGUUUUUUUGUUUUUUUUAAAACACUUAACGCUGCAUUCAAGGACCUCCGGGCCACAGGCGCAUAAAGCAGGCUCCGGUGUUGUUGUGGGACAAUAAAAGACCACACGUGUGUUAAAACAGGGGGGACAAGGACGGCACGGAGCAGGGAUACGGUGUCACACACCCGUGCUCACUCACUGCUGACACCUAAUCUAGGGCUCCAUUAUACAACAGUAAUCCACACCAGCGUGAGAUCCAAAGGGAACACUUCAGCCAUACGCUCCUACCGUCAUGCCCUGUGACCCUGACACCAAUGGAAAAUGGGAGCUUAAUUAACACAAAGUACCAGUUGAAGAUUUCUAGUUGUAUCUUGUGUGGGUCGCACUCACUGUGCUUGUACCCUUUUAAAAAUCACAGGGAGUAUUAGUGGGGGGGGGGGGGGAGGUUUAAUACGGUCUGUUUGGAUCGAGGAGGAUUUGCAGCCUCUGAAAAGCUCCCUUCACGUUUGAAUGUAUUAAACAGCAGCGUUGUGGGUGAGUAUCGAUUAUCCUCUGGGUCUAUUUGCAUACGCAACUCUACACGUAACCUCAUUCUGCCUCUCUAGAUCCAUGACACAGACUUGAAAAUUUAUAUUUUGAAAUGAAAAAGCACUUGUAAACCAUUAUAAUGGUUUACAGAGGCAUUUCUAUUUUGUUUUUAAUUUAAUUUUCAUGAAAUUGUGAAAUGUGUCCUGCACAUUAAAUUGAUUCUGUCUAAUAACGUUAGGCCUGCGAUAGAAGGAAGAAUUGAGGGUAUUUUUGCAUUUAUUUUUAACCACUAAAACAAUGUAAUACUCAACACGGAUACUGAACAGCGGUUCAUAGAUAACAAAAGGAAAGUUGUGUCCCGAUGAAAAUCUGGGAAGAAAAAGAGAGGUAAUGAACUUGUUAAUUGAUUUAAAGACUCCUAGCCUUAAAAAACAACAUUAUGCUGGAAUGAUCAAUUUCAGAGGUUUUUGUGUUUCUCAGGGAGUAGAAACAAAAGUAUUAACAAACACAAUGAUAUUUGUUUAUGAAAAAUGUUUAUUUGCUGCUUUGAGAACAUUGCGUUUAUUCAUGAUGAAAUAGAUGAUAUGAGAAAAAGUGAAUGCCGCUGGAGUGUGAUCCUGAAACUCUUUCAGAUCAAAAUAUAGUAGGGCUUUGCGAUUACGAGGAGUUAUUUAAAAGAUGUAACAGGAGGAAAUUGUAUUGACAAUAACUGUAUAACUGUAAAACUUCCAUGGAGUUUAGUGCAAUAAUGAAAUGCUGUAUUCUUGAUAUGAUGUAAAAGAGAUAAACAGGAUAAAUUACUUUUGACAUUUUCAGGGAUGUGAAUCAACACCAGAUCAAGAACCAGUUUUUUUUUUUUAUUUCAAUGAAGAAAAUGGUAUUAUGGCUUUGCAACAACUCACUAAUAUGCUACUUUUUAUCUUUGGAGUUUGCGCUACCCUGUUUGUAAGUUGUGAGUCAUUGUAAAUCAAUAAGCCACUUAUGUGUGUAAAGCAUCAGUGUAACAGGAAUAUGAAGCCAUUAUGUGAUUAAACAACAUUUAAACUACUAUGUUUCUCUCGAGGAUUUAUAAGGGUCAUCAUAACUUAUUUGCUACAUUAAAGAAUGAAAGAAUCAACAAUCUUACCUUAAAUUCCAUUUAGUGAAUGUUUGUUUUCCCAGAAAUGUAAAAUGUUUAAUCUAGUAAAAUAAUAAUAUAUGUAUUGUAUGUAAUAUAAGUGUGUUCCUUUACAUACAAUGAUUAAAUAUAUUCCCUUUUCUAUGUAUAAACAAAAAUAAAAUAAUUUGGCAACUACA